AAUUGCAAACAGCCGGAACCGCGGGUUUCGUUUCGUUCGCUGUGCUAUUUUUUUCCUGAGGCAACACUUCUCAAGGAAUUGGUUGGCACAAGAGCUGCGCGGAUACGAUCGGAAUUUAUUUGGAUACUCAAACAUCAUCUUCUUUCACAUGCUGCCGCGUGCAGCCAACUGGAAAGGAUGAAACGUCACCGAACGCGCUCUUCGUUAUUUUCGUCGUUCGCUGCCGUCGCAAGAAACAUCGAUUCCCCACGGUGUGUUGCGCCAGGACACUAAAGAACAGCACACCACGCUAGAUCAGUCAAAAAGGACAAGUGAAAGCUCGUUCCGGACGCAACUACGGCGCCAUCGUAGCCAAGGUUCCGUACGUAAUACGGGAUAUCAUUCACUCUGCAUGGCGCUAAUACGUUACUCCCGGGCUCGAUGGCGACUGUUCUGGCUGCUGACGUCUUGCGUGUUCCUCUACGCGAUAUUCCUGCUUUCUUUUCACAUAGAGCCGGCGUCCGAGGCCUUCCACGAGUUCCACAAGUGUCCCGCCUGCUUCGGCGAUGCCUUUUGUCCGCACAUGCAUGACGUAAAGUUGACGGGUUGGUACAGUCGCAGCUUGCUGCGCUUCUUCAACGUCAAGAACGUCUUCAUGGGUGAGCUGAACGGAACGCGCGUGGUGGUCAAGAAACUGGCGCACGACGACGAGUUUCGCGAAGUCGACCGUCGCUGGUGCCGCAGUCGUCGAUGUAACGUCGCCAGCGCGGUUCGCAGUACCGUGGACAGCGGCCAAAGCCACGAAGCGGCGUUGAUGAAACACUUGUUCGCCGUCAGGAAGGAGCAGGACAUGACGGCGUGCCCGUCCUCUCGUUUGAUCCGCCGAAUGCUGAUGAUGCUUUCGUACAGUCCACUCAUGGUCGCGCGCCGCCAAGGAGCAUCGAGGGCGGCCGAUGUGCUCGCUUAUACCGUCACCGUCAAUGCCGAGCCACUGCUUUUGCAGACGUUUCCACGCAUGGAUGACUGGCCAUUCCCAACACUGCUGGGCAGCUGCGGUCGCACAAUAGUAGAGACGUACGAAGGAGAGCCUCUCUCCAACUUCGAGCAGGCCAGCUGGACAGUGCGAGCCAACAUUUCUCUGCAGCUGCUCGACAUGGCCGAUUUAAUGACAGAGAACCCAACUCAGUAUGCACUUUAUAUGACCGAUGUGAGCAUGGACAACUUUGCCGUGAACGAUCAGGGCGAAGUGAGGCUCAUCGACUUGGAAAACAUAAUUGUGGUGGACCGCAUGCAGGUCAGGGCAGAAAGACGGCCGGGUUGGAAGCAAUGGCUGGAACACCGGGAAGAAAUGUGCCACGACUGCUUGAGCUUCAACGCGGAGGACUUGUGCUCGCACAGCGCGAGUGACCACAACUUCUACGCCGUGUGCAGUGGUAUGCUAGCGCCCCGUGCCUUCUACUCAUCGUACGGGGGGCUCAUGCACGACAUUCCAAAGAGUGUCGAUGAGCAGUACGGGCUCUCCGCUCUUCUGGCUAUGUGCGACCAGCCGCGGAAUUCUAAGGAGAACCGCUUCGUAGCCUCCCGUCUGCUGCGCAGGGCACUAGACAGGGUGCUGCGGGCGACUACUACAACGAGCAAUGACAGGGCCUUGUAAGGAAUGUGAAAGACGCAGCAUUUCAGUGUUCUGGUGUAGGCACUGUUCUGGCACUCUGCCAUAGUAGAAGUAGCAACAACUGCCUGCCUGAAGUUUCUUUUCUUCCUACUGCAUUUCUUGACUGUGAUAUCAUGCAUUGUAUGUGGUAACACAAACCUUUAAGGUCACUGAUCGCAUAUUUCUUUAUAACUGCAUUGAUGGUAUUUUGUCUUGUUUUCAAAGCCUUCAAUGCCACCGCAAUUUUUAAGAACUGGAUACUUGCCGUGCAUUGCACUAUGUGCAAUGCUAACUUAAAGUACAAAUGCUACAGGUAGUUAGGGGGUCUUGCUAGUGCAAUAAAAUAACUGCAAAUGUG